GGAAGCCAUUCACGCGCGUUACUGAUUCAAGAACGCGAAAAGGAAUAAUGCUUCGAGUCAGCUGUACGAGAGCGUCCUCGUUCCGUUCCAAAAACGCGGACGAUCGUUCUCGCUUUGCGUAGGCGAUUCUCUUCGAUGAGAAAAGUGCAAAAAUUGUUUUUUCCUUUCUUGUUCGACUUUUCGAAACUUCGAGUUCAUUGACGUCUCGCCACCCUCUCACCCUACUCCCAUCAUCCCCCUUCCCCAACGCCAUUUUUUCGUCGUUGACGCAUAGAAAUUACGAAUAUGUGAAAAAUCUCGAAAACAUUCGAGGACUCUCCUCGACGAUAAUCGUCUCCUACGACAGUCGAUCUAACGGUUUUUAGUAGACGACGGAAGGAGAAGAAGACGGAGAAAAUAAAAUCUGAUCUCCUACACGCGGAAUCUUCUCGACGCAGCGCAAUCCCUUGCACAUCUUCCUCACUUCCGGAUUGGCUGAAAUUUUCAAAAUGCUCUGAAUCCAAUUCCUUGGCGCACGAGGCUCCCGUUCCGAUGCUAAAUUCCAUGAAAAUCAAGAGAUAAAAAAGCACGAAAAUAAAAAAAAGAGAAAAGAAAAAAGGAGAAUUGACGAUGAAGCUCGUACCGGCGGAUUACGUGGGCUCGACCGUGAUGGACCGGAGACUCAGUGGUCCAAUGCUACCGUGGAUUACCAGCGAGAUUAAAAAGAGAAGCACUCGCGAGAGGGUAAAUCUUCACGUUGCUUCCGGCUACAUAUCAGCUUACACGAAAAAUGAAGAGACGCCAUUAUUUCGUCACGCCCUGACCGGCAAGUCGAAGCCUCAGCCAGUUUCAACGAAUAAUCAAGACUCGAAGAGCGGCAGCUUCGUUUAUUACAUCAAAGGGGAUGACGGUCGUUUUCAUUAUCAUCUCUUCAAGGUCAAGGACAGUCAAACGGUUCAAGAGUUGUUCAGCGCGAUGAAGGAACAAGCGUCGUUGGCCAGGAUCGAUAAAGAUCGCGAUGUGCCCCAGAGAUCUCAGAGCAGCGCUGCAACGCUCACUACAAUUGGGGCUGACAUAUCGCCGAGUUCUUCUCACUUCUUUGAGGUGCUGUACGUUGGAAAAAUGAAGUUGCCGCAUCAAAAAGUACCGGAAUCGUUUAUCGAUGAUGCCCUCGUCAAAUUUCGAGCCCACGGUCUCGAAAAGUCGAAAUCUUCGACGAGCAAUCUUCUGCAAGAAUGUCAGCAACUUCGGAUACAGGCGAUUAGCGCAAAUUUGUCGAGCGAGAUCCGAAGAGGCAGCGCCGAUUCAAGCACCAGCGAACUGGGGAGCACAGACAAUGUUUCCAGCUCGACGGUUCUGUCACCCUCCAGCCCGUUGGGGGUUGCCACCGCUCUUGGUGGUUCCGUCGAAUCUCUGCCACCCUCAAAUCGCGGCAAUAAUUCACAACAAGAUAGUCCAAACGUGCCAAAGAAAAAUCUCACCUCGAGAAUAGACGUCCCCGAAAUGAUGAGAAAUAGGGCUGCCUCCACCGGAAGUGUCCUCGGACCACGACGUGAUUCUUCCAAAGGAAACGACGAUCACAAUCGCACAAUGCUAUUUCAGGUUGGCCGUUACGAUUUGAGACUCAUCAGCCCCGACAGAAAACAAGUGUUGCUCCAUAAACAGCUCAAGGACAUCGCGAGCUGCGUUCAGGGAAUAAAAAAUGCCGAACACUUCGGAUUCAUCUGCAGAGAGCCGACAAUGGAGUGUUUCAUCGGUUAUGUCUUUAAAUGCCAAUCGGAAUCUGUGGCUGAUGAUCUUGUCGGAGCUAUAACUCAGGCUUUUAUUGCUACGUGCAAUGGCACAAGAAAAGAAAAACAUCAUCCCGUUUUUUCGUGCGAACAUUGCCCGAUGGUUUGGUACAAUAAACUGUGCCAAGAGAUCGAAGGUCAAAAUGAAAGAAAAACUCAAAGUAUUAUCAUAUCCCGGAUGGAAAUGUUGCCCGAGGAUGAGCAAGAAAUCGUGUUGACUAAAUACGAAGGUGCGAAAUCAGCCGGAGGUUGUGGAGUCGGGAAUACACUCCGGGAGCAAAACCAAUUUUGGAUGCUGUUGCUCCGGGCGCACUGCGAGGCAAAACAGACGCGUCAUGUUCACGACACAGCAGAGAAUAGGAGCGAAUUUCUCAACCAAUAUCUUAGCGUCGGAGUCGGAAGCACAAUCUUCAUGAAAGCGAAAAGGUCACUGACGAACAGCUUCGAUCAUCUGAUGAAGAGAAAGGGCUCGCGAGAUGAUUUUGGUAUGGGUUCGAACCAAUACAGCGGUCAAAAAAGCGAAAGACAAAGUCCUGUGAGUUCUGGACCGGGGAGCGUCGAUGGGAAUAACGAUUCCAACAGGCCCAGAUCUCUGAGAGUCUCCCCUGAACAACAAUUGGUUGUUAAUACUGGACCAAAGAGUCCCAUGAUGGAUAUAUUCCUUAAAGUGGGAAAUUCACCAAAGAUGUCGCCCACCGAGGCCGAGGGAAACAACAAAUAUCAAUCGAGCGGCUCGUGGCGACAAGCGAUCCUGAAUCGCGUCGUAACUCCUGGUAAAGACCAGGAUAACAAGGAUUCGGACGAGCCUGGCAGUGUGAAUUUCAAUAAAAAUCAUCAGGGCGUUCCGCAACGACGCACGAAAGAAGAACUCCGGGAGUUAUGGAGAAAAGCUAUAAAUCAACAGGUCAUUCUGAUCAGGAUGGAGAAAGAGAAUACGAGACUUCGAGUGCGCCAGGAAGAAGCAACAAUGAAGAGAAUAAAAUUGGAGUACGAUGAGCUGAGCAGUUGUGCGCGUGAGUUAUCCGAAGUGUGGGAUUUGCUGGUGAGCAAAGAGUCGCGAAUAUCAACGAAGUGCGACAAUCAAAUGUUGUUACAAGCCAUAAAGCAGGGAGUACCUCGAGGGAAAAGAGGUGACGUUUGGCAAUUCCUCGCCGAACAAUUUUGCCUCAAACAGCCACCGAUCGAAACGAAAGAUUUUCCAAAUUACAACACUCCUUACGAAUUGCUAUUGAAGCAAUUGACGUCGCAGCAACACGCGAUACUCAUCGAUCUUGGCAGAACUUUUCCUAAUCAUCCGUACUUCAGCUCACCUUUGGGCCCUGGACAAUUGGCACUUUUCAAUCUUUUGAAAGCUUACUCGCUCCUUGAUCACGAGGUCGGGUACUGCCAGGGGCUCAGUUUCGUCGCCGGAGUUCUUCUCCUUCAUAUGUCAGAAGAUCAAGCCUUUUUUCUUCUUCGACAUUUAAUGUUCCGUCGGGGUCUCCGAAAAUUGUAUCUUCCUGACAUGGCGGCUCUGCAAUUACAUCUGUAUCAGUUGUCAAGGCUGCUUCACGACAGAUUACCCGCGAUCUACGAUCACUUUGACAAACAUGAAGUUUCCCCAACUCUUUAUGCGGCUCCUUGGUUAUUGACGCUCUUCGCGAGCCAAUUUCCAUUAGGUUUUGUCACCAGAGUCUUUGAUUUGCUCUUUCUGGAAAGUUCCGAAGUGAUAUUCCGCGUCGCGCUGGCUCUUCUCGAAGAUCAUCAAGAUCAAUUACUCUGUUGUGAGAGUUUCGAGGAGAUAAUGGAAUAUCUAAAAACGAAAGUUCCGGCCGUGGACAAAGCCGUCUUGGAUCGUGUAAUGAAGCGUGUAUUUUAUCCUGAUAUGGAAAUAGCGAAACAACUGAAUGAAUAUCGAGUCGAGUAUCAAGUUUUGCAAGAGGAGAUGAUAUCGGUUAAGCCUCAGAUUGAAAACAUCGAAAAACUCGAAUUGAUGAACAAACAACUGACGCAACAGGUUUCACAUCUCAACAAUCAACUCGAGAUCGCGAUGAGCAAUUUGCACCGUCUAGAAACGACGCGUUCCAUUCAAGUAUCAUCGUUCCACAAGCUCGAGUCGCAGAAUCGCAGUCUCGAGGUGACAGUUACGACGUUGGGUUCAUUCAUCCAGCAAUUGAUAGAUUCCCGAACAGAGAUAGAAAUUCCUGGUGACGUACGGAGGAUAGUGGCCCAAUUGAGCGUGGCUGAGAAGCGUCGAAACAGUUUGGCAAAGUCGUAUCCGCUGAAGGUGAUCGAGGACAACAACAACAGGUACGAGCCGACGAAGAGUAAUUCGACGGGUCGUGAAUCAUCGAAAUUCUUGAAAAGCAACAGUUUGAUGGAAGCGCCAUAUCCUCUGAAGUCGGCGUUGAGUCAGCCGAAUCUGGGCACAAAGUUGGAAAAAAUGUCAUCAUUUUUCGCCAAUUCGCACAACCACAUUAGACAACAACGUGCACAAAUGGCAGCAUUGAGAAGCGAAGGAAACGAUCGUACGAACAACAACGACGAGAACGAUCCAAAAACCGUAAACAUCGACAUACAAAUAACCGAUGAUUUGAGUCCGGGCAACGACAAUGGAACUUUGCAAAAGAGUCGUGAGAAUACCCUCAAAAUCGAUGCUCUCAGUCUGGAAAAAUCGGUUUCCCUUCCCCUGACAAAUGCUAAGAUAAAACUCAAGCCGACGAAAUCCGCUUACGAACUUGGGUCCGUCAAAAAAGUCCCGACGACGAAACUCGAGGACAUUUGCAGCGAUUCCACGACGAGCCUCACCGGAACCGUUCAUCCUCUUGACACCUGCAGCGACGUUAAUUUCAAAUACGGCGGUACGACCAAACUUAAAUCCAUCAAGCCGAAUACCCGAGCUUCUAACACGAGCAAUUAUCCACAAACUGAUUCUAAUCAGAAUAACGAAAUUCAACAGAGUCAACAGAACCCCGAGAUUCUCACUAGAUAACAAAUGCUACUCCUGACGAUACUCGAGGAGAACUGAAUUAUCAUUUGACUCAGGCAUGCACUGCCCUGAGCUUCUGCGAUCGACGACUCGUCCAUUUCUUUGGCCCGAGAAAAAGCUCCGACUUAUGUUUUCAACGUUUUUUUUAACUUCCGCAACGGGAAUGGGCUCGAGUCGUCCUGCGAUUCUUGUGGCUAAAAUUGUGUCAGUAGAGUCUCACAGAUUGUGUCAAUUAAACGAAUAACCAAGACGAAUUCAAAGGACGGUAAAACCAGACUUUUGGAGUGAGGAAAAGCUUGCAGUAAAGUGAAUUAGUCGAUCGAAGCGGCUUCCGAGAAAUCUUUUAAUCCUCCCGGAUAAAAUUCGUGACUCCUGCAGCCUCGUGGCAGUCCAUGAUUUUUUCAUCCGAUUCGACGUCGCGCAUGCGAAGCAAAUUCAUAUACUGAGAAAAAUCUAAACACAAGGGAAUAAAAACAGUAUUUCUACAUUAUCCAUUGAAAUAGUUAAAUAACAAAAAAAAAGAGAAAAAGAAUACUCGAAAAUGAUAAUCCCGAGAAUCUUGACAUUCAAGAACGCACUUUGAAUACCGUUCACCGAAAAAAACUGAAAAUCGAAAAGAGAACAAUAAAAUCGCACAAUAAUCUUUUCCGAUGGACGAAUUAUCCGUUCCCGUCUUCUUCUCAAGUACGAGAUCAUCCUCAAACAAUCCAUCAUUCAACCGUGUUGAAGAAGCAAAGCAGAGUAUUCGAAAACCGAGAAAACAAGAAAUAGACGAAAAACGAAGAUGACAAAACUUGCUUUAUGACAACACGCAUCUUUCAAGUGUGCCAACGAUUCGAGAUAGUUACCAUACAGAUUUAACCACUUGACGCGCGAAAGAUGAGUGAGAGAAAGAGUAUAAUCCAUAUCACGAGUAAAAUUAUUUAAAAAAAAAUAAAUAACGCAUCGAUAAAUAGAAAACUAAACAGUUGCGAGUAUACACUGAACGGUCGAAUAACUGCCAAAAUUUAUGUUCAACGUGACGCACGAACGAGGUGUCAAAAGACGUAAUUGAGAGAAACAUUAUUUUCAAGAACUCAUCGCUGCAAGAAAAAUACACGAGGAUUUCGAAAAACAAAGAAAACUAAGCUAAAAAAACAUGUUAGGACGAGCAGAAGAAACUUAAAAUAUCGGUACAAAACAUAAAGAAUAUUUAAUAUAAACGAUUAUCAAUCAAUAUAGAUAUGUCUAUGUGCACUAUGAAAAAGUUGACGGUCUCACUGAAGAGGCAAAGAAAAACACAAAAACGUCGCAAUGAAUCUCUUCACGACCAUCUUCGCGUUGCUACUACCGAAUAACGAGUAAAAAGAAGGAUCCUAAAAGAAAUCAAAUCAUUUUGUUCAUCCGAGAAUUAAAUAGUGCCUUUUUAUCGAUUCGCAAUAAUUUUUUUCGCAUCAUAAAAAUACUUAAAAUAGUAUCGAAUUUUGACAUUUACAAGAAUCUUAGACACGACGAUUAUGAAAACAAUAAAACAAAGAUAACGUGUAUAAGAUGACGAUUUUUUUGUUUUGUCAGCGCGCGAGCGUGCGUUUGUAUUGACGAGUUUCUGCAACCGGUGUCGAGAAUCGAUGACGUCAUAUUUUAUAGUUAUUAGAUUUGUACUUGUCCUAGAAUCAUAGUGACCUAUGCCACAUAUAUUCAACAUAUAAAGAACCGAAUUGGAUACUGUAACAAUGCGAAAACAAUUACCCAGGAGUUUCCAGUAAUUGCGAGUAAAAUGAUUUUUUUUUAAUCAUUUAUGAAUCGUCGAUUUUUUAACGUAAAAUUUCGAGAAACGAAACAAAAAAUAAAAACCAAAAUAGUUCGUAAUUUUCGGUUCCUCCGGAUCUGUACCAAAUUUUUAUGUUCCUUCACGCUUGAAUCGUGAUACAUGAAAAAAAAAAAACACAAAGAAGGAAAAAUCCAUACGUCAAUGACUUCCCGAAGAUAAACUAAAAACUUCCAUUUAAUAUUUUUUAUUCCACCGGAAUAAUUGUUGUUGCAUGAGCGAACGAGAAAGAGAGAAAAAGAGCGAAAAAGAAAAGGAAUGAUUGAUUAUAACCGAGUAGAUUUAUUGUAAAUAGUGAUAUUAGAAUUUAAUUCAAUAGAGCCCGAUGUUCGGAGCUUUCGAAUAAAAUGAGAAAAAAACGUAAAAAUAAAUUGGACAUAAAAAAAAGAAUCGUGAUAAGUCGAUGUGAUGACAAGAACGUACUCUCCCGUAUUUACUUUUCAAACUUGUAUUCAUUUAUAUUCAUCUACGAUAUAUACUCUAAUAUAUUGUUGUACUGUCAAUAUACGUUGAACUAUGUACGAAUACGUCUCUUCCCCCUUUUCCAAGCCCAUCAAGGGUUCAAAAUCUCAGAGGUAAACGAAAAUGUAUUAUAUAUAUUUUAGAAAAGAAUCCGUGAAUGGAUAUCGAGUUAAAAAUUAAACCAUGUGAAUUAAACGACUCUAAUAAAGCAACGUGAAAUCUUGA